CAGUAUGACAUGCAGAUGAGUGCCGUCGAUCUUAGAAUCACCGCACACUUCACUCAUUUGGCCAGUCACGGGGCCAAAACCAGUGUUUGGAGCCACAGUGUGGCGGUGGAGGCAGCAGCAAUGGGAGGCCAUACAGCAACCUAUGACAAAAUGGAAACCAGCAGGAGUGUGAGGAGACCUGAAAGUGGCACAUGGCAGAGUGUGGCGAUGGAGACAGCAGCAAUGGGAGGCCGUACAGGGACCCAUGAGAGACUCUGGACCUGGCAGCAGCAUGAGGAGGCGGUAUAUAGGGGCCCAUGGCAGAUUAGGGGGCCCUGGCAGCAGCUAUAGGAGGCCCGUAAUCUGCCAGCACCCUAUGUCAAAAAAUUCAAACACACCAGCAGUGUGAGGAGACCUGAAAGUGGCACAU